AGUCAUGGGGGCCAAAGAAGUGUGUCAACAAAGACUCCAUCUAGUGCCGGUACGAGCGAGUGCAUGAGCACUGACUGACAAAGGUUGUGAGCUGCUGUUUAGAGAAGCUCGCGGCUGCAAAGGCGAGAAGCCGUCAUCACCGCUCUCUUCUUUGAUACCCCAUAAUUUGUGCCUGUGCCUCGCCUCGCCUCGCCUCACUCAGACUCAACAAGACAAGACAAACGAAAUCUUGGCAGGAUGGUAUGGCAGCAUCGCCGCAGGUAAAAUCCAUCCUGCGAGCGCCAACAUCAGCGCCAACGCAGACGCAAUGUGAGGCAUGGAGAGCCAACCGACCCCGUCAGCAAUCCAACUGGACGCUGGGAGAGACGGUGCAGGCGCCUCGUCAGCGCCAGCCGGCCAGGGAUGGGAAUGGGAAUAGUAACAGACGGACAGACAGACAGACAGACCAUAAACAAGCAGCCCAUGUCGACGCAGGGACGGGCCCAAUCCACGACGUGACUGUGAUGCGCGUCUGCCAUCUUGCAUUGCACCUUGGAAGGGGGAGGCUUUUGGGGCUGCGUCAAGCCCCCAUUUGCCCAGCUUGCCUGUGCUUGUCCACAACGAGUCUCAUGGAUCACCCAGAUGCAGCCAGGUCCUGCUGGGUUGGUGCUAAGGUAGUGCAUGCAUAUUCCGUUCCAUGGAAUGGAGCAGGCUAACGAGAGACGGGGGCAGCGGAUGGGUAUUCCGGGUGUGUAUUACGGAGUGCUGCUGGUACGAAUGAUAUGGACUGUAAUCUUGCGUCUGCUACUGUACUGCUGCUAAAACAGGUACGAGAUCAUAUGGAACAAAGCCUUUAUUGCCUCUUAGCCCGUUGGCUUCUGAGCUUAUCAAUGUCUCAUGCUUCGGUCUCGAUAUUCUGCAUGCCCACGCAGCAAACACGCGAUAACGAUCGUCGGCCUCCUCUCGCCAUCCACCUCACGC